AUGUGGCGCGAUCAGCCAAACAUCUUUCGUCCGCGACACGCUGGCAGCGCCUUCUACCUGCCGCCAGGCAACACUAGCAGCAGCAGCAGCGCCGGCGACCGCGGUGGCUCGGUGCCGUCGGCACCUAAGGAGUUUUCCCCUCCCGCUGUUAUUCGCCACGUCUCACAGGAGCGACAGGACCCCGUUGAGGUGGCGACGGAGCCAAUGAGGGAGAAACUGCUCGUUCGCUACCGAGUUGAGAACGAGAGACUGCGGGAUCAGGUGAAGGCCCAUGCCAUUCACGAAGCGCUUCUCGAGCAUCGCCUGCAAGAGUUGAGCGCAAGGACCACCGCCCUUCACCUGCGGGAGAUGCGCAGCAAGGACAAUGAUGCCGUGGUGGAGGGGCUGCGGAAGCAGCUGGAGGACCGCGAGCACGAGGUGCGCUCGCUGCAGCUUCAACUGGGGGAGCAGGCAGGCCGCAUCGCGGCGUUCGAGGCGGCACUCGCGCGACCCUUGCGUGGCACGGCAGAAACAACAACAGCAAGAACGGCGGCGGUUGAAGGGGAGGAAGCUGCACUGACGUCAUCGACAUCACGAUGCACCCACGAGCUUCUCUGCCAGGCGCUGAGCAGCGUGGGCUUUCUAACGCGCGUGUUCAACGCGGUCGAACACUGCCACGCCACGCCGCACGAAAGCCUCGAGUGCCCACGCCCGCUGCAGGAGUGCACCACGCGGUGCCUGCAGGCUGCCAUGCGUGGCAACCAAGAGACGGCCGGCGAGGUGUUGAGCCGCGGGUACCGCACGUCGUGUGAGGAGUUGGCGCUCGCCCUCCGUGAGGAGGUGCUGUUUUGCGAAACAGCAGCGGUGCGAAUGGCGGCACGGCUGCUUGCUGAGCGCGCGCCACUCGUCAGUGCAGGCGAGUCGCCUCGGGAAACCAAGUCACCGCCCGCUGUUGCUGCUGCGACACCCACGAACGAACAACAACAACAACAAGAACAACAACAGCAGAAGCCGAAAGAGAAUAACCAAAACUGCACUGUGCAGCAAGCGCAGGUGGUGUCGGCUGCUCCACGCGCCACGCGGAGACCCGCAGCGCCGCGACCGACCACUGAAGACUGCGAGGUGCAGUGA